CUUUCUGUCCUCAAAAGAUUUCUCUCUUUUUUCGUUUCAUGUUAGCUCAAAUUUGACUUUUAUUUUAAUCUUUCCAAUUGUUCUUGCACCCCAAUUAUCAAAGAUUUCUCAGCAUUUGGGUGUUACUCAGAGUUUAGUAGUAACAACUAUGAAUGAUCAAAAGGAUCAUCAGGUCAAUACAGCUGAUAAUGUAGGCUCUGAUCUCCCUGCUGCCACUGCUGUUCUUUCUGCUGAGGAUCGUGCAGAUCUUGUGAAUGCCAUCAAGAACAAGCUUCAUGAUCUGGAAAGGAAUCAUUCUGGUUUUCUUGAAAAACUCCCUCCAAACAUUAGGAAACGUGUUGAUGUCCUCAGGCUCAGAGAGAUUCAGCGAUACGAGAUUGUGAAUGAGGCUGAAAAUGAGGGUACAGUAGAUAAAGAAAUCAAUGAAUCAGCAGCAGCCAUUCGUUUGCAAAUCAAUCAUGUUUUCAGUCCUAUGUUUGGCUCAUUACUGGUUUGUUUCUGAUGAAUAUGAAUCUUGCUUGCA